AUGGAGUUCUUUUUCCUAUGUGGUCUCACUCUCUUCACCCUGUUUGUCUUUUUUUCCCUUUUCUCUAUCGUUUCCUACGCCUGCAGGACAAAUGCUUCCCAGCCAAACCUCCCACCUGGUAAAACAGGCUUGCCAUACAUCGGCGAGAGCCUUGAAUUUCUGUCGACAGGCCGAAAUGGUCACCCCGAGAAGUUUAUAUAUGAUAGAAUGGCCAAGUUCUCCUCUCAAGUCUUUAGAACAUCAAUACUAGGAGAAGCUACGGCAGUUUUCUGUGGCGCAGCUGGGAACAAAUUCUUGUUCUCUAACGAAACCAAGCUUGUCACCGCAUGGUGGCCAAAUUCCGUGAACAAGAUAUUCCCUUCUUCUACGCAAACAUCUUCCAAAGAGGAAUCCAAGAAGAUGAGGAAGCUACUCCCGAAUUUCCUCAAGCCAGAGGCAUUGCAAAGAUAUGUAGGGAUGAUGGAUACUAUUGCACAAAGACACUUCGAGUCUAGUUGGGAAGGCCAGCAAGAAGUGUCUGUGUUUCCACUUGCAAAGAAUUACACCUUUUGGGUCGCCAGCAAGGUCUUCUUGAGCAUAGAGGAUCCUAAACAUGUAGCUAAAUUGGGCGAUCCUUUUAACGUUUUGGCCUCGGGGAUUAUAUCAAUUCCCAUAGACUUGCCAGGAACACCAUUCAAUCGUGCCAUCAAGGCUUCAAACUUGAUAAGGAAAGAAUUGAGUGCUAUUAUCAAACAAAGGAAAAUUGAUCUUGCAGAGAAGAAAGCAUCUCCAACACAAGACAUACUCUCGCACAUGUUGUUAACAAGUGAUGAGAAUGGGCAGUACAUGAACGAAUUGGACAUAGCCGACAAGAUUCUUGGCUUGCUGAUUGGAGGCCAUGACACCGCAAGUGCUGCUAUCACAUUUAUCGUCAAGUACCUCGCUGAACUACCCGAGAUCUACCAAAAGGUGCAGUCAGAGCAAAUGGAGAUUGCAAAAUCAAAAGCCCCUGGAGAGUUGCUGAAUUGGGAUGAUAUUCAAAAGAUGAAAUACUCAUGGAAUGUGGCAUGUGAAGUAAUGCGUCUUGCUCCACCCCUCCAAGGAGCCUUUAGAGAAGCCCUGAACGAAUUCAUCUAUUCUGGUUUCACCAUUCCAAAGGGAUGGAAGUUGUACUGGAGUGCGAAUUCAACACACAGAAAUCCAGAAUGCUUCCCGGAGCCUGAAAAGUUUGAUCCUUCGAGGUUUGAAGGGAACGGACCAGCUCCUUACACUUUUGUUCCUUUCGGAGGAGGACCGAGAAUGUGUCCGGGGAAGGAGUAUGCUCGCCUGGAAAUACUAGUCUUCAUGCACAAUAUUGUCAAGAGGUUCAACUGGGAGAAACUACUUCCUGAUGAAAACAUAAUUGUAGACCCAAUGCCAAUGCCAGCUAAAGGGCUACCGGUUCGCCUCCUUCCUCAAACAACUGCCUAGUUUUUGCCUGUAAUCGUUUCCAAGACUCAAAUGUCUAAAGCUAAGGACAUGUUGUCAAUUCUGCUCUGCUUGUAUACUUGCUGGUAGUGAAUUCUGUAGCAUUCAAGUGCUGUUGCUGUCUAGAAACACAAACGGAAAUUCUGCGUGUAAUAUUUAUGUUAAAAAAGAACUAAAUAAGGCAUCUCUGUGGCUUUCAAUAAGGAUUAAAAUUAAGUUUCUUAA